AUGGGUAACGCACUGCCUUGAGUUCACCUGUUAAACAACCUGAAAACUGCCCGGAAGGGAGAAAGCGACUACUGCGCGUGGGGAAAAGUAGGUUAAUUAAUCCUACUUUUCGAUCAGAUGGACCGCUACAGGUAUUUUAUCUUCAACCAGCGUAGCGUCGUGGUUCUAGGUAUCCUUCAGGUGGCAUGUGGGGCAUUGUGUAUAGUGUGCGGGGUCAUGGACGCAGUUUUCCGCAAAGACACACCACUCAGCACGACCAGAGCUCCAGUAUGGGCGGGAUUGAUCAUGGCAUCUCCCGGUGUACUAGCUCUAUUUGCCUCUCAAAGGAAGAAUCCAAUACUGGUGAACGUGAUGAUCAUCUGCUCAGUGUUCUCCUGUGUUGCCGUGGUGAUUGUAAUAUCAUAUGCCAGUUUGACACUGACUUAUGGCGAGGAUGAUGAAGAAGUGUUUCACCACCACUACAUACCUGAAGUGAAGGUUGUGCUGAGUCGGAUGGUGAGGGGAUCUAAUGCCACCAUGUUGCUAGCCUGUGUCGUCAGCCUCUUCCUCUCCUCACUCAUCUCCUACGUGGGCUGCCGCAGUCUGCCUCUCUGUGGCUGCUAUGAUGGAAUCACAGGCCUGGAGACCCUGGUCCCUCAGAGUGACCCCUACCCUCAGACGGAGCUUGUGUGUACCUGGCAAGCAGGGGGCGACGACCGGAUCUUUAACUCGCCAGCAACCUUCAGUGACACGGACCCAGAGGAAGCAGAGGUUCCAUCCAAACACCCAGCAUACAGCAGGCUCACCUGAGGCCUGGCCUCUGUGUGACCUUACUUUGUUAAGGCCAUAUUUAACUUUUUCUUUACAUCCUUAGUUCUAUGAUCACUGAUAUGGAUCAGAUGCCUUCUGGUUGAUGUAGGCAAACCCACAGCGGUGCUAUUAUAGGCUAAUGGAGGACAGGAGUCCAGUAUAAGGACUCGAAGACAGCUCACAUGCAUCUUGCAUAUCCACCAGCAUUUCAUUCUUCUCUGCUGUCUCCCUAGAGCUAAGAGGACAGACCCUACAUAAUUUGUGCCAAACUAAUUUCAGCCCAUCUUUCAUUCUGUUGUCUUUGGUAUACCUGGAACCAAGCUUCCCUUUUGGGAUUUCCGAACCAGUUUCCUGAAUUACAACAUUCUAUUCUGAAUGUUUUGGAGAACAAAGAUCAUUUUCCUAUUUGUUAAAUACUGAGACUAGGUACAGAUCUUUGAAACCAGCCCAGUGUAAAUUAAUGCCAUUUUAUACUUGAUCCAAUACAGCAGAGCUACUGCUCAUGCAUGUAUUAUAUUUUAUACAGUCAGCUGUUUAAACCUGGCAGAUUUAUCAUUUUUGUAUUGUAACCACCUGUGCUACUGUGUGCCAUAUUUAAUAAAACAAAAUAUAAAUUUAUGAAUUAUUAAA